AGUGCCCAUCAGUGCCACAUCAGUGCCACAUAUCAGUGCCUACCAGUGCACAUCAAUGCCACCCAUCAAUGCCAAUCAGUGCCACCUAUCAGUGCCAGUCAGUGCUGCCUAUCAGUGUGCAUCAGUGCCGCCUAUCAAUGUCUGUCAGUGCCACCUAACAGUGCCAGUCAGUGCUGCCUAACAGUGCCAGUCAGUGCCACCUAUCAGUGCCAGUCAGUGCCGCCUAUUAGUGCCAGUCAGUGCUGCCUAUCAGUGCCGCCUAUCAGUGCCAUGUAUCAGUGCUGCCUUUCAGUGCCCAUCAGUGAUGUCUGUCAAUGCCCAUUAGUGCCACCUACCAGUGCCUCCUCACCAGUGCUCAUCAGUGCCACCUAUCAGUGUCCAUCAGUGCAGCCUAUC